AGCUGUGUAUGCGUGGAAAUCUUGGGUAUCACGGCUUCCUUGUGCGUCCGAAAGUCCUCUACUUCUCUGCUAAAUCAUGGCUAUAGAAGCUAUACAUAUAUGGGAUCCAUCUUUUCAUCACCUACAAUACCGGUAUGGGAUGGAGGACAUGACACUAUUGGAAAGCAUGAUCAGAAUCAGUUUAACCGUGAUCUUUCAUUUUAUUUCGUAAAAUAUCGGAUAUAUCAAAAUCAUGAGCUAGAAACAAUGAUUUCUCAUGCUGGAAAGGAGAUUAGAAACAUGGACCAAACCUGCAAUCUGAUUCGCGAAACAAUAUUACAGAGAAAGCUUAUUAAGGACGACUAUAGAAGAUGGUUGGACUGGCUAUCGUGGGAGGACGACAGAUACAAGAAAGUCAUAAAUGAGAAGAAGACUAAAAUAGACUAUAGAAGUCAGGCUCGCAUAGGGGAAAUCCGGGCUAAAUUCGACACAGUUGGAAAGAAGGGCGAUGAUACAUGCACAUCAGAGAAAGAGCUUAAUAAUCGUGUCUGUAGCUUGCAUUUUCGGACACGGUGUGCAAAAAGCACAUUCGUUAAGGAGAAACAGCUCCUUCAAGGAAUUAAACAGCUUGAAGAGACUAGACCGGGUAUUGUUGCCAAUGAUGCCUUGAAACAGAAACGUUUUAAUGAGUCAAUGGAGUGGGUUGGCCGCCCGAUUCGUCCCGAGCAUUGUAGUUGUCGUUCUUCCCGUAGACGGAAAAAUCUUAAAGAUAUGGAUUUGGAUAAAUUAAAAAGGGAAAAACAAGUCUUCAGUGCAAGAGCAAAGAAUGCCGAGGAAACAUGGAAAGCUACGGAAAACGAGAUUCUUUCGUUGGAACUUAAAUUGGCAGGGAUAAUUGAAAAACGGACGGUGAAAGAGAAAUUACUGGUGAAACUAAAAGAACAGCUAAGUGAAGAGAAGCUCAAUUACAACCAACAACACUAUAACAAGUACGAAUCGUUUCUACGGGAUGCCAGAACUCUUGAUGCAGAGAAAAAUACAUCCGCAUUGGAAGAAUUAUCGCAUACAGAGAUUGAAAACUUCGUGAUCCUAUGGGGCAACGAAAAGGCUUUCAGGGAUGAGUACUCGAACAGAAGGGGGCUAUCAUGCAGGCAUCAACAGACGUAGGGUAGACUGAUAAGAAGCCAUCGAGAUAAGCAUCCUAUUUCAGGCCGACCAACAGCCACCCGCUUAUAUUAUAGAAAGAUGGAUAAAAUACUAAAGGGCUUUAUUGAUUCUUACCUUUUAUUGUACUAUCAGUGACAUUGAUAGAUUUCGGAAAGUUGAAAAUAAUUGUGAAAGCUAAACAAAAUUCAGAUAUCAAGAGAAUGCGGCAGUCAAAGUAAGUACAAUAUGUAUAUAAGAUGUCGAUAAUGUAAAGAAGCAUAUUUUUAUGAUUUCUUGUUUGUUAUUGUAAGGAAUUCCCGUUUGUCUUAAUUUAGUGUAUUUGUGUGUAAUGGGCUCUCCCAAGUCUCAUAAAUCUGUUGUUA